UUUUUAUUUAACUUAUUUAUAAUUUCUUUUAUUAUUACUUUUUCUAACAAGUUAGCAGGCAUACAAAAUUAAGUAGAUUUACUAGAUAAAAAUACUAAGAAGACAGAUAAUUUACAGUUUAGUUUAUUUGCUUCUGGAAUUGCUGGUGUGAGUUGGUGUGGCUUAGCAGUUGUAGUUUGUCGAUCCAAAUUACAUUAGAGUUGGAGAGUCCACCCCCAAGUCUCUCCUUUGUGGGAGGUUUGGGUUCAAUUCCCACGGAGAUGAGGGAGUUGCUCAGCGGCUGAGAAGGGAGAAGAUGGUAAUGAAGGUAGCGGGUUCGUGUGGUGAGAGGAACAACCCGAAAGGUGAUGUAAGUCCUGCUGGAUUCGUCCUUUGGAGCCAGUACUGAUGAGGUUGACUGUGAUCAGAUCCGGACUUAAGUGUCUAGGGGCUUUGGAGGGUAGUUCAUAGACUACAGGAUUAUGGGAGCGUAAGCUCCGACAUCUGGAUUAUCAAAAAAAAAAAGAAUUGGAGAAUGUGCAAACUCCACUGGUUGUUCUGAAGAGGUGUUACCCCGUAGCGCAAGGGGGUCCUUUGAACAAAGCUAUGUAGUGGUCAGUUGAAAUUGCCGCGGCUUGGGCAAUUUAGCAACGGUGCAGGUCCUUGUUGAUCUAGUUUAGUCAAAGAGGUCGGGGUUGUAAUUUCUGAUGGAGACGAAGGUUUCCAGGAUCAGUGUGCGGCUGGAUAUCACUGUUUACCGAAUACUUUGCGAGUUCUAGUGAUUAGCUAGAGACGACAAUGCCAGAAGGAAAAGAGAGUUUAAAUUUGAAAAUAUUUGGUUAAAGGAGGACGUGUACAGAGAGAUUGGCUAAACUCAUCAAAUUUAGCUAUCUGGCAGAGACCGCGGGAUGGAGCUAAAAACGUGGAGCAAAACGUGUAGGGUUUGGUUUCAGACCCGGAUUGAAAUAUGUAAACGUCGCCUGGCAGAUUUAAGGGAAGAAGAUGGGAGAUGGAACGGUGCCGAUUUUCAAAAGAUAAAGGAAGUCUUGAUCGACCUGCUUCAAAGGCGGCAUAUUUUUUGGCAACAAUGUGCAAAGACUUUUUGGCUUACAGAGUGUGACAGGAACACUAAAUUUUUCCAUAAUGCGGUUAGACAGCAUAGAAGGAAAAAUAAAAUGAAGGGACUACGUUUACCAAAUGGGGCUGGGAAGUGGAUCGCGCUAAAAUGAGCAGGAUGAUCCAUGAUUACUACGACGAGCUGUUUGAAUCAAGUUAUUCAGUAGUGGAGGAAGACAUGCUUGUUGGACUAGCGAAGGUCACCACGGCUCAAAACUGUGAAUUACUUCGGCCGAUUACUGCUCUGGAGGUGAAGAGAGCAGUUUUUCUAUGCAUCCGGGUAAAGCCCCUAGACCGGAUGGAUUAAAUCCGGCAUUUCUUCAGCAUUAUUGGGAUAUCUUGGGAGAUAGAUGUCCUCAGGGGAAAAUUCCCAGGAAGGGCUCGACCAGGAGAAUGUGAGGCAGUCAAAAAUUUGUUACAUUUAUAUGAGGGCUUCUCGUGUCAAAAGGUAAACUAUCAAAAAUCUUAUGUAAUGUACAGUCCAAAUUUGGGUGAGGAAAGUAGGGACAAUAUUUGCAGUUUACUUGGGGUUAGAGUGGAGGGGGAUAAUCUAACAUAUCUCGGACUCCCUGCUCUAAUCGGGAGGAAUAAACAUGAUAUUUUGAAUUAUUUGAAGGAGUGAAUAAUUAAGAGAAUUCGAGGAUGGAAUAAUAGGUUUAUCUCUAAAGUUGGGCGUGAAAUUAUGCUUAAAACAGUGAUACAGGCUAUGUCAACAUAUGCAAUGGUUUUUUUUGCUAACGAAGAAAACUUGUUCAGAGGUAGAGGUGAUAAUGAAUGAUUACUGGUGGCAGGGUUCUGGGCAAACGAGGAGGGGUGUUCGAUGAAAACGUGGCAAGCUUUAUGCAUUCCAAAACAGAAAGGGUGGGCGGGCUAUCGGUCUUUAAGAGAAUUUAAUAUAGCCAUGCUGGGAAAGCAAGCUUGGAGGUUAAUAAAAAAUCCUGAUUCGUUGGUGGGGAGGGUGUUUAAAAGCUAAGUAUUUUCCUAACUCUUCAUUCAUGCAAGCUCAAUAGGGGAAUAACCCAUCUUUCAUUUGGAGUAGUAUCUUUCAGGCACAGGAUAUGAUGGCACAUGGUACUCGCAAGAGGGUGGGUAGCGGGAUAUCACUUUCAGUAUGGAUGGAAAGAUGAUUGUUGGGAGAAGGAACUAGGUUAAUACAUAUGGCUCCACCAGCAUGGAUAGCUGACAUGAAUGUGGUAGCCUUGAUGACAGAGAACGGGGAUGGCUGGAAUGUUCAGAAAAUUAAUACCAUGUUUUCAGAAGAAGAGAGAAGAGCAAUUUUUUCUGUACCGAUAAGCAGGAGAAGGUCGGAAGAUGGGAUUUGGUGGAAAGGAAACCCUAUGGGAGUUUAUACGGUUAAAAGUGGGUAUAGAUUACUUCGGGUGAGUAUGAGGCUAGAGGCUGGAUGGGGUGGACCAAAAUGUGGAAUCUCGCAAUUCCAUCAAGAGUAAAAUGUUUCUUUUGGCAAUUAAUGACAGGAGUAUUGCCCACAACAAAUAAUCUCCAACGAAGAAGAGUAGACGUGAAUAACGAAUGUAAAUUGUGCGAGGAUGAAGAAGAAACUGAGAUUCAUUUAUUCUAGAAUUGCUACAUUGCUGAGGCUGUCUGGAGGAAAAUUGGUGUCCGAUUUGUGAGAAUCGGAAAUACUUUAUCAAAUUGGGUUCAAUGUUUUUUUGAUAAUUUGCAGGUUGAUGAGUUGUGCAGCUUUAUCAUGACUUUGUGGAACCUGUGGAAGGAUCGAAAUGAUAAAGUCUGGAAGUAAAAGGCGACUGGAUGGAGACAAAUCCUAGAGGUGGGCUCGAGGUGACCAAGGAGUGAAACCAGGUGCGGCGGGGAGCAGACCUAUUUGGAAGAGACCACUGCCGGGAAGCAUAAAGGUGAACAUAGACGCGACACUUAGUAUUGCAAGAAGCAAGAGGACCUACGCAUGGAUUGCAAAAGAGAUGAGCUAGGGGAACUCUUACAUGGUGGCUACCAGACAGUGACAGCAGAUUGGUCCGCAGUGGUGGCCGAAGCAGUGGGGGUAUGAGAAGCUUUAUCGUGGGUUAAAGCCCAGGGUUGGACAAAUGUCAAGUUAGAAAUGGACUCCUUACAUGUGGUUUCAAACUUCAUGAACUGGGAGGGGGAUUCCUAUUUUGAUACAAUCCUUGAUGAUAUAAGACACAAUCUUCGGAAUGAAGCUAGUAUAGAAGUCAUUCAUUGUAUGCGGUCCGUGAAUGUGGUGGCUCAUAAAUUAGCUAGGGCCGCUCUUUCUUUGUCGGAUGGCUUAGUUCUUUUUUCUGUGGCUCCUGAAUGUAUUGCUAGUCAGUUCGAAAACGAUAAAUUGCAUAUGAUAGAUUUUCUUUCAAAAAAAAAUCUUUAGAUAAAAAUACGGGGUAACUAUAAAGAAGACAGAUAAUUUAUAAUUUAGUUUAUUUGUUUGCUUAAAUAUGAGAGGUGGACUUGUAAGAAUUUAUUUAUUAUGCAUUUUAUGUUUCAAUUACAAUGUUAG